CGGGACUUCUGCAGCAGCAGAGGCAUCAGCAGCCACCUCCUUGAGACCUCCUUGUUCACCAUCUAAGAGCACGUUAGCUACAGAUGCUGAGCCGGCUUGGACCACUUCGUUAAGAAGCCAGACGUUGGGAAGCCAUGGGCUGGGCGCGUAGGCCUCCGCCUGAGCAGCACAGACAUUGUGAAGGAUGCAUCAACCGCCACUGCCAUGUUCCGGUGGAACCCAGCGUCUCCUGCCCGGUGACAAGCUGCCACCUGCUCUGUGGUGCUACCUUCCACAUGUGCAAAGAGGCAGAGCACGCACUCCUCUGCCCUCUAGAGCAGGUUCCGUGCCUCAACUCAGAGUAUGGCUGCCCGCUCUCCAUGGCGCGCCACAAGCUGGCGAAGCACCUGCAAGUGUGCCCAGCCAGCGUGGUCUGCUGUUCCAUGGAAUGGAACCGCUGGCCCAAUGUGGACUCAGAAACCGUCCUUCAUGAGAACAUCAUGAAGGAGAUCCCCAGCGAGGAAUGUUUGGACACUGCCCUGGCCCUCCAGGACCAGAACGUUCUCUUCAGGUCCUUGAAAAUGGUAGAGCUUUUCCCAGAAACCAGAGAUGCCACCGAGGAGGAGCCAGCCACAAAUGGUGACACCAGUUGGGAGGAGACCGGAGGUGCGGUGGGGGGCGUGGAUGCCAGGCCAGUACCACACUGUUGUCUGCCAGCAACCAACGGGCAAAUGAUGGAACUCAGUCAGGAGGAACGAGAUGCACUGGCGAAAACCAAGGAAGGGAUGGACCUGGCCAAGUUUGGCAAAUGGGAAAGUUUGUUCAGCAAGGAGCAUGCGGCCUCGGUUUUAACGGGUUCCUCGGGGAAGAGCGCAGAUGAGGGUGGGAACGUGACUGGGAGAGAGCAGUGUUCCCCUGAUGGUAGCAUGGGUGAUGCAGAGGCAUCUCCAGGAGGAAGAGAACCACAGGAAAGCCCGCAGCCCCAGGAUCUUCCCGCUGCCUUGGAGAUGACAGGGCUUGCCCCCUGGCAGGAUGGUGUUCUGGAAAGACUAAAAACGGCCGUAGAUGCCAAAGACUAUAACAUGUAUCUGGUGCACAAUGGGCGGAUGCUCAUCCACUUCGGGCAGAUGCCAGCUUGUACGCCCAAGGAGAGAGACUUUGUUUACGGCAACCUCGAGGCUCAAGAGGUGAAAACGGUUUACACCUUCAAAAUCCCUGUGAGCUACUGUGGGAAGCGAGCUCGCCUGGGAGAUGCCAUGUUGAGGUGCAGACCAAGUGAACACAAAGCCGUGGACACUUCCGAUUUGGGCGUCUGUGUGGGAGACCUGCCCAAAUCCGAUCUCAUCAAGACCACCCUCCAGUGUGCUUUGGAAAGAGAACUCAAAGGCCAUGUCAUCUCGGAAUCCAGGAGCAUCGAUGGGCUCUUUAUGGACCUCGCCACCCAAACAUACAACUUUGAGCCAGAGCAGUUUUCCUCAGAGACAGUGUUGGCUGAUGUCCUGAGCACUGCCCAAGCCACAGGCCUGCACGUGGAGCUCCACAGUGAAUGUGUGACCCGGAGACACAAUAAAAGCAGCUCGGCCUUCACGUUCACCUGCAACAAAUUCUUCCGGAGGGAUGAAUUUCCCCUGCACUUCAAGAACGUCCACACAGACAUUCAGUCGUGUCUCAACGGCUGGUUCCAGCAUCGAUGCCCUCUCGCCUACUUAGGAUGUACCUUUGUCCAAAAUCACUUCCGCCCCCCUGGACAAAAAGCCAAAGUGAUCUAUAGCCAGGAACUGAAGACUUUUGCCAUCAAGCCAGAGGUUGCUCCGGAGCUGAGUGAGGGAUGGAAGAGCGACCAGCUCUUGGGCCAUGGUAGGAAAAGCCGUAAUUCUCUAACCAGUCUGCCCCUGGAAGUUUUGCAAUACAUUGCUGGGUUUCUGGACAGCGUCAGCCUGGCCCAGCUCUCCCAGGUGUCGGUGCUGAUGAGGAACAUCUGUGCCACUUUGUUGCAAGAGAGAGGGAUGGUGCUCUUGCAAUGGAAGAAGAGGUAUUCUCAUGGAGGCUCCUCCUGGAAAGUCCACAGUCAGACCUGGCAGUUCAGCAGCCUCUUCUCCAAAAUCAAGAGCUGGGAGUUUAACGAAGUCACCUCCAUGUCUGAACACCUGAAAACCUGUCCUUUCAAUGUCGUGGAGCACAGGACUGACCCGAUCCGUUUGACCAGCAUGUGUCAGUCCCAAGAGCAGACCCGGGAGAGCUUGGUGUCCAUGUUUAGGGCCCGACCACGGGGUAGACGCACCUAAAGGUUUGCAUGCCACUGUUCCUGGCUUCUCAGGGUAACAGAAAGUGGGACACUACGGUGUGAGGACAUCCCUCUGAGGCCCAUGUAUCUGCUUCACUGGGUCGUGAGAAUGUGUGAGAUCCUUCAGGCCUUAGCGACUGCACUAGGACACUAGCUUUCUGAGCUAUGGCUUGUAUGAUGGUGCCUUAUCUUAGCUCUUUCCUCUUUUCAUUUCCUAAAAUAGGUCAGUCUGAGAGAAAAUAAAUAACUUAAGGCCAUCUGAAAAUUGAACCCAUCCUUGGUUGACUAGAGAGUCAGGAUAUUCUUCAACCAUCAUAGACUAGUGAUUCUACAUUGUGCUAUCUAGUUUACAAACCACCUUCAAGUUCUUGGAGCAGGCAAUAUGGCAACAGGGUCUGAGGUACAGUGGCCUCUCAGGGUAUCUCAGGUGGUGGGAACCCAACUGGAAGGUUCUAGAGCAUGGUCUUUCUUGAGAGUUAGGGGCCAUUUAGUAACUCUUCUGCAUCAAAGCCCAAAUGGUUCCAACACAACCCAACAGGAUGGACCCUGGGUGAGCACAGAUGAUGGUUCCAACACAACCCAUCAGAAUGGACCACACUGGGUGAGCACAGCUGUUUCAUGGACACCACAGGCCAAAGCAAAACAGUCAGUUGUGUAGUGUCUUGUGUAAGAAAGAAAGUCCUUAAAAUGAAGGAAAGGCCACAGGUCUCCAAGAACAAAGUCGUUUCUGGUUGACAGCCACUGUCCUAAAGGAUGCUACACCAACAAUGCUAUGUUAGGACAUGCUCCCCUUUUAGUGGGACAAAUCAGAUCAUAAUUUGUCUGCGACAUAAUUCAAUGCGACUCUUACUUGUUUACAAAAUAAGUUUUAAAGAUGUGGUGAUGCUAAAUUGAGAACCACAUGGGGCUGAUCUACUCAAUACGGCUUUGCAUCCUCUGGCUGCAAUGAAAGAAUAUAUUCUCCCUCCCUGGCCUAUUUAAGGAAACUGGAAACCUGGAACCAGAAAAGUAAUUUAUCUUAGGUUAAGUUCCUAUUCCCUUAAUAGGUGCCAUUUUCCAACAAUCCCAGGAGUUCUCAAGCUAAUGGAAAACAAGGCAAAGGGAGGCCAGAAAUCACAGGGAACCGGCCAGGCAGCACAGGGAACCACCAGCCAAGAAUGCAAAUAAUGAAGGAGACUUGCCAACCUGUGAGCUUGUUGUCUGAGCAUCUGUCUGUCUGACCAUGGUUCGAAUCAGUGCAGAGGAAGGAGCUGGUGCAGAGGAAGGAGCUGGUGCAUAGGAAGAAGCUGGUGCAGAGGAAGAAGCUGGUGCAGAUGAAGAAGCUGUGCAGAUGAAGGAGCUGGUGCCUCUGCAAGGGGUCAGGCAGGCAGGAGCAGAGCAAGCCCAGACUGAAAGUGUGCUCACUGUUCACUAUGUUCCUCUCAUCCCAUUGUUAGCACCAUGCUAGGACUCCUAAUCUUUAUAGUUCGGUUCGGAUUUCACCACUUUUUUGCAAGUCAUCAUUUUCUAAAACUGUAUCUAGAGUGUUCUCUGAUACUUUGUUCAAUGAAGAUGAGUAGCUGAAAACAGCUAAACAAAAAGUAGGCAAAAAGAAAGCAAGGUCUUCAGGCAUCAGUUCUGGCUUCUUCCCAUGCAGCGGAAUGGAGUUCUCAGAGAAAGAGAACUCCAGAGCUUGGAAACAAACCCAGAACUCUAGCUCUAUGAACUAGGAGCUGCAGAGAGACAGAGAGGCCACAGGAUUGUGGCCGGAUAACAUGCACUGCUGGAGGCAACCUGGCCAAGGAGAGCAGUCAGGGCCCUUUCCCAGAUUGGGGUGUGGAUGGUUCAGCCUCACGUUCCCCCCACCAAUUCCUGUCUCAGAGCAGUACAAAGAUGACAUCAUCAAACCUUUUAUAAGGGAAUUCAUUGUUUAUGUUAAAGGAAACCAAGAUACCCCAGGCAUUCCGUGAUCCCUAGAGAUACGCUCACUUGGUAAGAAGAGGGAAGACAUAGCAAAAAGGACCUUCUCAGAGGCACCGGGCUUGAUGAAUGGACAUGAGUGGUGGGUUCCCUGUGGUGGAAGCAAGGCAGCUCCAUGUGGCUUUAGUUUAAGCAGCAGUUGAGGAUGGUGAAGAGGGAUGUAUCGCAAGCAUAGAGCCUAGGCAGGAAGACAUCCCUGAGCAGAGUCCUUGAUGAACAUCACCCUCGGGAAAGACAACUGAGAGGUGGAAAGUAGCAGAAUGUGGGGGAGGGGGCAGAACAGAGCCACAAAUGACUUGUUCCCUGAGCAGCAUAGGGACUUGAGAAGGAAACUUGUCUAACAAGAGAAGGUCAAAUGGGAAGCAAGGUGAGAAUUAGAGGGAGAUUUACAGCAACAGCAACAACACUGCACCGUCUAAUGUAUGUGCAAUGCCAAAUCAAAUUGAAAUGGAGAACAGAGUUUUAUGUAUCUAUGGUCACUUACUUUUAUACACCAGCAACCCCAGGGUCUCUCUAUUGGGAAAUAAACGCUGCUUUGUACUCUGAAAGGGGUUGUGGGAAUUUAACUGUAUGAAGAUGAGUUACGCUUGUUUAUACUGUCAAAUAUUACUUUAACUGUGUAAAGAUGUGUUCCAUUUGUUUAUGCUGCAUUUGUUUAAUUAUGUAAAGAUGAGUUGCUGUUUCACCUUGCCUGCCUAAGGCAUCUGACUGGUCUAAUAAAAAGCUGAAUGGCCAAUAGCUAGGCAGAGAAAGGAUAGGUGGGGUGGCAGGCGGAAUAAACAGGAGGAGAAAUCUAGGCUUGAGGGAAGAGAAGAGAAAAAAAGAAGAGAAUAAAGAUAAAGAAAGGGACACCCCCAGGGCAAGAAGGCAGGCAGUCACUAGCCAGACACAGAGAUGGCAGGAUGCUCAGGGAGUCACUUUUUGAUGAUUGUGGCUGCCUGGGUGUCCUCAUCUCUUUUCCUAUCCAUUCUAACUCUGGACCGCACAGAGGUUUCAUGAACAGUCUCUAUCUACCCUUUCCUGGACAUGGGCUCCAAUGGUCCUGGUAUCAGGGAGUCUGGACCUUCCCCCAGUCACUCUUCAGCUCACUUGAAUUUGUUCUCCUCUGGUGGUUAGUCUUUUCUUUCUUUCCUAUUUUCAACCCUCUAAUCUGAAUCUGUGCUUUUGCCUCAAGAACUUACCAUGUUCCAGGGGGUGGGGAAGAUGGCUCAGCUAGUGAAGUGCUUGCCUACCAAGCAUGAGGACCUGAGUUUAAUCUCCAGAACCCGUGUAAAAUGACACAUGGUGGUGGCAUUUGCUG